AUGGCUACCCCUAGUGUCCUCGCUUUUGACGCUGAGGGUCGGGCCAUUGACUUUGACGUCCGGGUAGAUGACCUGCAGCUUUUCCUACAGUGCGAUAGGGCAGACAGUCUCUCCCUCUUUGACUUCACCUCUGGUGCCUCUCCUGCCCUUGCUGCUGAUGCUGACGCCACUGUUUGCUCACAGUGGGCCACAUGUGAUGCUGCUGCACGUCUUACUGUGCGUCGCCACCUGCCUACCUCUGAGCGUGCGCACAUUAGCCAGUACAAGAGUGCGCAGACCUUGUGCGACGCUGUAGUUGCACGCUACUCCUCCCCUGCCACUGCUGCACUAAGCCGCCUCAUGCUACCGUACCUCUUCCCUGACCUUCCUGCCUUUCCCACAGUCGCUGACCUCAUUACGCACCUCCGCACUAGUGACACUCGCUACCGCGCUGCGCUUCCUGCUGACUUCUGCGCCAAGAACCCCCCCCCCAUGUACAUCACCCUCUACUACAUAGUCACCUGGCUCCCUGACUCCCUUCGCGUAAUAAGGGACCACUUCCUCUCAGGUUGCCCCACCACUCUCACCGUUGACCUCCUCGAGAAAGCCCUCCUAGUAGCAGAGAAGAGCAUAGUCGCUGUAGGAGCCUCUCGUGGUGACCCUCGCACCCCCGUCUUUGAGGGGUGUUCCCCCUCCCCCCUUUUGCCCUCUGUUGCCUCUGCUGCUGCGGCCGACCUCGUUGGUUUCGAGUCGGUCGGCGCUGCGUCUGCCCCGAGCGGGAGACGCCGCACCGGCAAGGGCAAGGGGGGCAAGGGUGCUGGAGGGGCUGGCGGGGGUGGCGGAGGUGGCGGUGGAGGCAAAGGAGGGGGUGGGCGUGGUGGUGGGAGUGGUGGCGGGGGUGGAGGUAUUGGUGGCGGCAGUGGAGGCGGAGGCGGCGGCGGCGGUGGCGGUGGGAGCGGAGGUGGCGGAGGUGGCGGCGGUGGAGGAGGCGGCAGCGGAGGAGGUGGAGCUGGUCGGGGUGGCGCUGCGCAGAGGGUCGGCUCCGGUGGUGGUCAGCGCCAGCAGCAGCAGCAGGAGCAGCGCACUUGUGACAUCCCCCCCCCUCAGCAGCUCCGUGAGUGGUACGCUGCACGCCAGCGGGGUGGGGGUACUUGUCCGUGCACCUACGUCCUACGCACCGGCGACUGCGAGGGUGAGCAGUGCGGGGAUGCGCACGCCACCCAGCGCUGCUUUGGCCAUCUGACGAACGCUUGGCGCCACCAGUUCCCUGAGGCCACUAAGAUCCCUCGCUGGGGCGAGCUGUCUAGGGCGGGAGUAGCUAUCUUUGACCUUGACUUUGAUGCUAUUCUUGCUGCCAUGUAUGCUGUGCCUAUUAGUGAUGAGGGUGACUGUUACCGGUGUUUUCCGCCCGACCCGGGCAUUGAGACUGCUGCUCUAGGUACUGGUGAGGCUGAUGCUCUAGGUGCUAGCGAGGCUGUUGCUCUAGGUGCCAGUGCGUCUACUUCCUCAGGUGCUGGUGAGUCUGCUCUCUUAGCGGCCCCCUCUUGCACCCUGUCUGGUCUUUACCUCCCCUCGUUCUCUACAAACUUGGUGAGUGGUGCUGACCUACAGGAUGCGGGGGUUCACCAGUUCACUCCUGCGAGUCAGCGGGUGACCCACUGCACGGACGCUCGGACAGGCCGACACCUGGCCACGUUUACACGUCGGCCGGGGUCGAGCCUGUACACACUGACCACUGAGUCUCCUCCAGUCACUGCGUCUGGUCAGGUAGCUGCGUCGGGUCAGGUGUUUGCUGCAGCGUCCAGGUCUGGUCCUGAGUCUGCCCCCUGCUCGUGUCGCCUCCUGUCUCACGAGACUCUCCUCUGGCACCACCGCCUUGGUCACCCAUCCCUACAUCGUCUCCGAGGCAUGGCCUCUCGUUUCCUUGUCUCUGGACUUCCCCGGUCCCUCCCUCCCCUUACUCCGGGGCCUGCCUCUGCCUGCGUCCCUUGUGUCGAGGGGCGGCAGCGGGCUGCCCCUCACUCCUCCUAG